CUCUCCUCAGAUAGGGUGUCCCACAAUAACAAGAAUGUAACUGUCAAGUAGUUUGAUCCUCAGAUGGGGUCGACACCAAGACUGAGUGACCGACCUACCGCCAGCUGCAAUGUGAUUUUGACUUUGACUUUAUGGACUUGAAUGAGUUCAGUUGUGGGAUAUUCGCUGUACAGCAACGACGUGAGGGCAGAAGCUGAAAAGUCUAUUGCUGAGAGCUGUUACCAAGCAGCGACCAACGAGGACUAUGAAAGACUGAGGUUUAGCGUGUGAUCGUCGUGAUUUGUGAAGUGUGUAGAUUAGCGUUGGCGCUGUUAAUUGCUUCUAGUUCCGAAUCGUGUGUAUACGUAGUCAAUAAAUCCUUUCACCAAUCGGAAUCCCGUCUAUCGUCACGAACGGUCACGAAUACACGAGAUAAUAAGACUAUUAGUGUAAUAAGUAUAAUUUUUAUGAAUAAUUAUUUAAAGGUCAAAUGGGGGCCCAAAUUUUGUUCUAGCCAUUUUCUAUAAUCCAGAUUACUGUAAAUAUAUUCAUGCAGCAUCGACCAACUAAAAAUCUAUUUCCUUUUAUUCGAAGUGGGGCGAGUUUCGAAAUGCUUUGGACCGCUUAGUUGUCUGAUGUUAGUUCUGGUUUGGUGGGAGGCAAGAAAUUGUUGAAGCUGUAUGAUAGUUAGCAUUCCUACCCGUUGUACUAACGUGUCCACCUCUUUAUUUCCAUUUUUAUGUGUUAUGCACAAUGGACUACUAAAUACACUUAUAAGUGUUUGAGUAUGUUUUGUACUGCAGUUAAAUGAUCCAUGACAUUCAUACAUAGUCGGUAUCGUUGGUAUACAGAAAUGUAGGGCAAUGGCUGAUCAUGACGGUCAUGACGAUCAUGACGAUCAUAAUAUUGCAGCGAAGAAAGCAUGUACACUUGAUUACGGUGGCACGUAUGACUUUCUGUGUAAUUUAAUCGAGGUUAUUUUAGAUAUUAAUCAUUUCAGCCCUCUAAUAGUUUUGCUUUAAUAUAAAAUUAUUUGUAUUUAAGUUUACAUUGUGUUUCCUGAAUUUUGUUUUGGUUUUAAUUUAACCAACACUCCGUGUGUUAUUGAACAUAAUGAAAGGAACGUAAGAAUCUGAACGUGACCUGUACCAAUUAUUAUCAUCUGUUAUCGUGGUUGUUAUCAGAAAGGAUGAUAUUGAUAUUGUGUCCGUUGUGAUGUGUGGAGUGAUUUCUGCAAACAUUUGGUUCGAUAUGAAUGGUGGGUUAUAAAUGCAUAUAGCAAAAGCCCUGCACCGUAACAUCAAUGGUAAAUUCGGUUGGGAACCUGAGAAUCAUGGCUUCUGGCAGUGAAUCUUGGAAAGAGUGUUCAGACUGGUUGACGAGAUGUGACGUUUUGCGCCAAGAUCACAAAGCAAACUGGCCUGAAGCCUCCUGCUCGGAUUUAGCGUACACUUUGAGGGAUGGAGUUUUGUUAUGCAAUUUGUUAAAUACUUUGGAUCCAGGGUGCAUCGAUAUGAAGGAUAUUAACCAGAAGCCUCAGAUGGCACAGUUUCUCUGCCUUCGGAACAUCAAGAUCUUCUUGCAAGCCUGCCAUGAGAUCUUUGGAUUGAAACAGAGUGACUUGUUUGAGCCGUCCAUGUUAUUUGACUUGACAGAUUUUUAUCGAGUCUUGAACACCUUGUCCAAGUUAUCAAAUUGUGAAAAAGUUCAAAAGAAGAAGAUACCAGGUUUCUCUGUUCUCAAGAAUCGAAGUACGUCACAAGAGGAUAUUUAUAGAAGUUUAAAUUCAAACAGUGGGGCUGCUUUACCCACUAGCCACAGUAUGAGUUGGGAAUUCAACAAUUGUAGCUGGAUGCAGUUUACAAUCAAAUGUCCACAAUUUGAAGACAAAGAGGAAGAAAUUUACGAGGAUCUUUGUUACGUUACAUUUUCAUCUUCCUGUCCAGAGAUCACGUCCACCAUAGCACACAGUUUCGAGAAACGUGACUAUGUUAUCAAGGAACUGGUAGAAACAGAAAAGAAUUAUGUUGAUGUACUGUCAACAUUGCUUAGAUGUUUCAUGAGACCAUUAAAUAAUUUGCUCAGGGAAGAGGACAUGAAAGUUAUUUUUGGAGGCAUUAAGGAACUAUCUGAAAUCCAUGCUGGUUUCCACAGUCAGUUACGUAAAGCUGUUGCUCCAGGUAGCACUACUCGUCUUAGUGAAGUUUUCCUCAAUUGGAGGGAAAAGUUCCUGAUCUAUGGCGAUUAUUGUGCAAACCUUACAUAUGCUCAAGCUCUUGUUCAGGAUGUAUGUAACCGCAAUCAGAUUGUCAACCAGGAAGUUAUUAGAUGUCAACAGGAUGCUAAUAAUGGCAAGUUCAAGUUGCGUGAUAUCCUCUCAGUUCCAAUGCAGAGGAUAUUGAAAUACCAUUUACUUCUGGAUAAGCUUAUCAGUGAAACACUACCUAAUCAUGAGGACUACCGGGGUCUGGAGCGAGCUAAAGAAGCCAUGGUAGAUGUUGCUCAGUACAUAAAUGAUGUAAAGCGAGACAGUGACACACUGCAAAUCAUGCGAUCCAUUCAGGAAAGUAUAAUAGACUGGGACAUGCCUGAAAAUACAGAAUUGAAAGACUAUGGUCGCCUGCUGAAGGAUGGAGAGCUACGGAUAAAGGCUCAUGAUGACCAGAAGAUCAAAGUGAGAUAUGUAUUCAUUUUUGAUCAAGUCAUGCUGAUGUGUAAAUCUGUAAGGGGAGAUCAGUACAGCUAUAGAGAGUCUCUUCGUCUGUCAGAGUACAAAGUGGAAGAUAAUAGUAAUCGCCGAGUUAUGACUAAAGAUACACGAUGGAGCUUCCAAUGGUUCUUAGUGAGGAAGAGUGAACGAACAGCAUAUACCAUGUAUGCUCGCACAGAUGAGCUUAAACGCAAAUGGAUUAAGGCUAUCCAGGAGGCUCUGGAUAACAUUGAACCAAGUGGCUGCAAAAAAACUGACCACAAGUUUGUGAUGCACACAUUUGACAAGCCCACAACCUGUAGCCAUUGUAGCAAAUUUUUAAAAGGGACAAUAUUUCAAGGUUACAGGUGCGACAAGUGUUCCAUUGCAAGUCACAAGACAUGCAUUCAGUACUCUGGGCGCUGUGGACAGCCUCCUAUUCCUCCACCUCGGCCUCACCAGAGGCCUGCACCAUCUCCUCCAGAUCCAUGGCCAGACCCCAUCUUUGGAAAAUAUGUAUGGUUUGUUGGUGAAAUGGGCCGAGAGAAGGCCACGGAUCUGCUGGAUAAACAUGCAAAUGGCACAUAUUUGUUAAGAAUCCGACCCCAGGGACCUACUCACCCAAAUGAAACUGUUUAUGCUCUCAGUUUAAAGACAGAUGACAGGGUGAAGCAUAUGAAGGUAUAUGAGAAACAUAUGGGAGGAGUUCCCCAGUAUUACCUGUCAGAGUCACGCUUCUUCAAGAGUAUAAUGGAACUCAUCGCCUAUUAUGAACAGGCCAGUUUAAGUGAAAAUUUUGUUGGGUUGGAUGUUAAGCUGAAAUGGCCUUUUAGCCAAAUAAUUGCUGUUGCUGAGUUUGACUUUAACCCAGCUGAAAACAAUCAGUUGCCACUCCGGAAAGGUUGCCAGGUGACUGUUCUGAGCAAAGACGGUGUCUACAACGGCUGGUGGAAAGGCAAGAUACAGGACAGAGUUGGUUUCUUCCCGAAGGAAUAUGUCCGUGAAAUAUCCGAUUCAUAUAAUUUUCACAUGGAUUGAAGUGAGCUGAUUCUUUUUGUGUCAUUGUCAUGUCAUGUAUUGCUUUGUUUGGCCUCCAGUAAAGUGUUAUAUGCCAAGGGAUGGUGAAAUGCUGUGUUCAUGGACAGUAAAAUUUCGGCAGGCCUGCUGAAAUGAACAGGGCAAAUCUUGGCUCAAAUGAUUUUAUGUUUUAUUCUGGGGUUACCUCAAGGACAAGUACGAAUUAUGUUUAAUGUGACUGAGUAUGGCAUUGUCUUAAUUGUGUAGGAUGUUGACUCCCUUCUUGAAGUAACCACUUUCUGUGUACACAUAUACACUAACGGCAGAACAGCUCUGUUUUUUGGUUUGGAAUUCAUGAGGAUUAGUUUUGCAUUUCAGUUUGAAGCAGGUGUAUGGCUUUCCCACCUGGAGACCUGUAAUCAUUGUAGUGAUGUUGCUUUUGGUUGGGUUUUCCUGAUUCUCUUGCCAUCAACUCCUGUUUUCCUAGUAUGCGGGCAGUGAAAUGCUAGAGAAAACCCUUUAUCAUGCUGUAUUGUGUUGAUUCCAUUACUCUGCAUGUUUCUUUCAUGUUGUCCAAAUUUUAUGCCAACAGAGUAGAGGAAAAGAGAUUAAUAACUAAGUAGGGUGUUAGAAAAAGGUCUUGAUGGAAUAUACAGUGAAACCCCCAUUUGAGGUUUCUUUGGAGAACACUGGAGCUGAACACUAAACUGCAGCAAAUCUUAAUUAUAGUUAAUUUAAUACUGAAAUUAUUGACUUGGGAUAAUUAACCUUUAAGAGCCUAGCGACGCCAUAUGGGGACCUUUAAAGUAUAGCCGAGUGGCCGUGCGACACCGUAUGGGUACGCGCAGUCCACGUGUGUGCAGAGUGUUUUAAAAUCUGAUCUGAUUCUUGUUCUACUUACAUUAUUUUUGGGCACCCGCUUUAUAAGUAGACAGUCUUCCCUCCUGCAUCAUCUAACUGAAUGCAGAAUCCGACGCCGCAAUUAAUGCACUUUGUCCAUAUGUAACUCCAUUUCCCACGCGAAGAGCACACACGACACCUCACUCUCGUAUUACAGGAAGUAGGUCAGUAAUGUCCUCUAAUCGUAACGCUUAUAAAACAUCGAAAUUUCAACUAUGCACUAUGGCCCCAUUUCGCACGGGAGAAGCCGAAAUUGAGAGGCCGCUCAUAAAUCGCACCAUUCGGAUUGCGGUACAGACAAUUCUGAAGGGUCCAGGAAAGAAGAGGGAUUUGUGUGGAUAUUCCAAGAACAGUACCUCUGUGCGUUUAGUCCGACAUAUAAACAGGCAGUUUCAUAAGGACAAAGUAGGAUAAGAACUUGCCCACACUCCUCACACUCGUGUAUACAGAAAGGCAACGUGACUGGAGAAUGUGCAGUGAAAACAUAAACUUCCUCUCCUCUUGCCAAAUAAGACAUAGUCAGACAGUGUGUCAGCAGCAUGCAUUUAUACUGCAGAAACGUUUUGUGCAGAAGCUUUAUGCAUUUUUGUGGACAGACGCUCAAA